GUUGUCAAAUAUUUGUUUUCUUUCUUGUCAUGUUUUUCGAGAAAAUAUCAGUAAAAGUUAGCAUGCUAGAUAAGAUCUUGACAUUAUCAGAUUUAAUUUUGAAGAUGGAUGAAAAGAUAUAAGCUGUAAGAAUGGACAGAGGAACAAAGAAUGAAUUAUUGAAGACUAUAGAUAGUCAAAAAGAACAACUAACCAGAUAUGAAACUAGACUUAGAGAUGUUGUCAGAGCUUAUAAAGGUGUCGUUAAAGAGAAAGAAGCUCUGGAAGCCAGUUUAAAGAUUAUAUCAGAAACAUCAACAUCAUCCCAGUCAGCUGAUAAAACUAACAAUGCAUCCGAGUCGAAACCUCCCGUAGAACAAUCGGGAGAUGACUCAUUUUCAGAUCCACUGAAAGUGCAGUCGUCAAGUGCACAAGAUGAAGUAAACAUCCUAAAAGAACAACUGAAGACUUUAUCAGCAUCAAUAGCAACAGUUACAGCAGAAAAAUCUCGAUUAGAGGCAGAUUUUGUAGCUGAUAAGAAGAAGCUAAGAGGAGAACAUGAAGAACUACAGCAACACCUAGCUACAGCUAAAAAUGAGUACGAAAGAACAGUAGCUGAAAUGAAUUCUAAAAUAUUGGAGUUGAAGAAUAAAAUCCGAACUCAGCAACUUGAACGUGAGAAGGAGCAGACCGAUCAUGCUAUGAUGAUUCGAGAACUUCAAAAACUACACUCAGUAGAAAGAAUGGCUAAAGAACAUUUUGAAAAUCAGUUAGAUGAAGUCCAGGCGUCUAUGAAACAACAGAUAGCCAGUGUACCAACAGUGAAAGAACAAUAUGAGAAACAGAUCGAUAAUUUAUCAGCCCAGUUAAAAUCAGUUAAAGACAGAUUAAAAGCCGCGGAGGAGAAGGCGAAUCAACCCUCACCCAUGUUAUUAGAUUUACAGAAAGAAAUGACCUCAAUGAAGAGUGAAGCUCACAGACAAGUUGAGAAGGAAAUACUGAGAGCCUCAGAAGCUGAAACAAGAGCAGUUCAGGUCUCUGUUCAAAGUGAAGAAAGAGUAACCUCCCUUGAGACAAAGUUAGCGGAACUUUCGGAAGUCGUGGGGAAUUACGAACGACUACGCUACCAGGAUCAGCAAGCCAUACAGCGACUGAAAGAGAGAGUCACUCAACUGGAUAUUGAAAACUCGGCACUUGCCCGAGCAGCACACUCGGCACCAAAAUCUUACGAUACAGAUGAAAAUAAUUUAGAUGCCCAGUCUUUGUCAGAGAAGAUCAUACAGUUGAAAAGAUUACUUCUGGAGGCUAAUUCACGAUCUGAGAAACCAGUAGAUAUCGAUGUUUUAUUAUGUGAAUCUGAUGAAGAAAGAACGACAUGUCAGAAAUAUAAAGAAGAACUGGAACAUGUUAAAGAAGAAUUCGAGAGAUAUAAAUUACGAGCCCAGUCAGUUCUUAAAACUAAAACAAAGGACAACACGGCCAAUAAAGAACUCGAUACAUUAAAGAACCAGGUCGGUGAAUUACGGGAGAAAUUACGAAUGGCCCAUUUACAACUUGAUGAUUCGGAAGAAAAACACAAAUUGAAAGUAGAAAGUUUGAGUAAAACUAUCCUCACCUUGGAGGAACGAAACAAGCACCAGAUUGCUGAGAUGGAACAGGAACAUCAAAAAGCUAUUGCCGAGCUGGAACUGGAGGUGAAGAAACAACGCGAUCGCACGGUUUCAAUGUUGGCCGAAAAAGAAAAGGACUUGUUAGCUUUACGCUCAACUUGUGUGCAGUCACAAAAAUUAGAAAAUGAAUACUCGCAUCAUGCUCGAGAAUCGUCGAUUAGCCACGAACCACUCCAAAAACAGAAUUCAGAAGAAGAAGCAGUAUCACGUCUUUUGUUUAAAAAUUCUGCUCACGAGGAGACAACUCUGCUUCAUUUCGCCGAAGAGCAAGCUCGUAAAAAUGUAGAGAUCGCAUCGCUACGGAAACAGAAACGUCAGUUGGAGACGAGUCUUCGUGAAUUACAACUUGCGGUCAGCGGUAAGGAAGAGAAGCUUCACGAUGAAAUAGAAUCUUUAAAAGAAGUUAUCCAUAAACGGGAACGGGAUAUUACAAGAGAAGGAGCCAAUUUAGAAUACUUAAAAAAUGUGAUUUACAAAUACAUGAUCAGUCGGGACAGCUUAGGAAAAGAGAAAAUGUUGAAAGCCAUUACGACCAUUUUACAGUUUAGCCCUAAAGAGGUUGAUACCGUUAAUACAGUUAAUAAGGGAUGGAUUUAAUGGGACUUAAUAUUAACACUAAUAGGACAGGGGUGUAUAUUAUUCCACAAUGUACCUUUUUUCCCUCAAUAAGGCUUCUGUUUUUCCUCGUAGAUAAAAUAUUUUAUUCAUUUUUUUAUAAAGUGAAGACAAUAUUCUUCCUCACAGCCAUCACUACCCUGAAUUUAGUAUAAAUUAGGGGGGUUGGAUGGCCGAAUGGUUAGCACAUGCGUGCUGUAUCAUACGGCCUGUCAUUAAGUCAACUAGCGUGGUUUCGAAUCCACGGUUGUAUGUGACAAGGAGUAGGGUUUUCUCUGGCUCCUCCGGUUUCCUCCCACUGCUAAAGACCCCUACGCGCAAGCGAAUUAUUGAAAAAAAGUUAAAACCAUAUGUUAGUCCAGAAAUGACCUAGUUUGUGUCAAGUGGACAUUUAACCCCACCUCUCUCUCUCUCUCUCUCUCUCUCUCUCUCUCUCUCUAAUUUAAAUUGGAAUAUUUGUUUUUGUCCAGAAAGGAGUUUUGUUGCUUUUUGAAGACUAGGAAAUUAUAUUUCACUGAAUUAUUUAAAAUGGCUAUACUUUAUGAAUUCCAUAAUAUUAAUAAGAUUAACUUCUCUGUGCUGAUGUUUUGAUACAAACAAAGAACUAUUAUAUAUUAUAUCAAUAUUAUAAUUUCAUAUUUUCAUGUAAUGUCUUACGCUAGGUUCCCACUGUCAUGCAAUGCAUUACGAUAGGAUUGUCCCUAUUGAGUCCACAAUCUGGUAUGUGCAGAUAUGUUCGGAUACGUUUUAAUAUGGUCAACAUGAUUACUACAACUGAUCUCAAUAUAUGAUAAGACUUGAUAGGAUCACCACGAUUACUCCACGAUUUCAAUCGUAGCACGAGUCGUGAUAGUAGGAACGUAGCAUUAGAUAUCGUUAUUGUGUGACAUGCAUGCUUGGUGAUGUACAACAACCUAGUCAAAACUUUAUUCUGGUGCUGUACAUGAAUUAGUAUGCUUAUACCAUUGUAUAUUGUAUGAAAUAUCAUACAAUUUCAUAUUUUAAAUGUGAAAAUGAUUGUCAAGUGACUUCUUCUCGGUUUAUUACUGUGAUGGUAAGAAUGCGGCUAUAUUUGUUGUAUCAAUGUUUGAUUGACUCCAGACCAAAGGAAGUCUGGGAGAAUGUUCUAAGACAACUGACAUACAUGUAAAUGAAAACAAUAUUGUCCAAUCAAUAAAUGACCGAGUGGAUGACUAAGGUGGUGUUAGCUCCACCAAAUUUUAAAGACGUUUACAAGAAAAGGUUUUGCGACAAUUUGGUUUUCUUCCUAUAAGGUUUAUAUUACUUGUUUUUUAUCAUUACUUUUAUAUAUUAUAGCCCCUAACAUUAAAGGUGGGCCGACGGGAUGGUGUAAGCUCAUCCUAAGACAAUAGGUAAAGACGUUUACAGGAAACAUUUUGUGAAAAUUGCCAUGUCUUCCUAUGAGGUUAAAAUACGAGGACUGAGGGGAUAGUGUAAGCUCAUCCUAAGACAAUAGGUAAAGACGUUUACAGGAAACGUUUUGUGAAAAUUGGCAUUUAUUACUAUGAGUUUAACAUACGAGGGCCGAGGGGGUGGUGUUAGCUCAUCCUAAGACAAUAGGUGAAGACAUUUACAUGAAACGUUUUGCUACAAUUGGCAUUUCUUACCAUGAGGUUAACAUACAAGGUUGUUUUUCAUCAUUGCUUUUAUAAAUACCAGUACAUACAUGUAAUACAAUAUUGAGCUUCCAUUUUACGUAUAAAAAUGCAUAGAGGGUUAGCUAUUCUGUAAUAAUACUCUAAUAGUUCUGAAUAUUACCAUGUGGAGACAUUUUAUAUUUAAUUAUGUUAAACUUAGUAUAUAUGGUGUACAUGUAUCAAAUUGUUAUUUUUUCUAUAUUAUGGAUAUGAUGGGAAGUAAUUAUAUUGUUGAAUUUUAUAAAAAAAAUAAUAAAAAUAUUGGU